AUGCCAAAAAGUAAACGGGCCAAAACGCAGGCAUGCGAGAAGAAGCGGAUCAAGACAGGGAAGGUGCUGAAAAAGACGGCCGUCGCCGCCCCAGAGCAGAAGGCCAACCAAAUGUUGAUGAAGGGGAAAUUGACCGAAAAAGAGGCAGAGGAGCUGGACAAAGAAUUGGUCGCUGCAACAACCCCACCACAGUUGACUGUCGAAUCAACGAGCCUUCUUGGAUCACCGCAAAAGUUGUGGAGUUUGAUGGUCGACUGCGAUAAAGUGCUGCGACCAUCGCAAAAAUGCCUAGAAAGCCACCCAGCCAUCAAACGGAAUAUACGCUCGAUUUUGAUAGACUGGAUGAUGGAGGUCUGUGAAUCGGAGCGGCAACACCGCGAGACAUUUCAUCUGGCCAUUGACUACGUCGAUCGGUUUCUCGCCAACUCUUCGGACAUCGAAUGCGAACGAUUUCAGCUGCUCGGGAUGACCGCUAUUUUUAUCGCGAGCAAAUAUGAAGAAAUUUACCCGCCGAAGCUGGAGGACUUCAUUUACUACACUGACAACGCGUGCACAUGCCAUGAAGUGCGUGAGAUGGAGUUGUACGUGCUCGAGAAAUUAAACUGGAUCUUAUCGCCCAUCACUUCCAUCCAUUGGCUCGCCUUUUUUAUGCAACUUUUGGGGAAGAAGGAGCUUCCACCACCCAACAGCGGCCCGAGUCCAGAUAUCCCCUGCGUUGUCCCGAAUCUGAUGAUUGGAGACUUUAUGCAUAUGGCAAAGAUACUCGACCUCUGUCUCGCCGACAUCCGAACACUUGAAUACACCUACCGAGAAAUGGCCGCCGCCGUCCUGUUCAAUUGUUUAGAACCGCAGAAAUUAAUCCAACAAGUAACCGGUAUUCACCCCUUCUCGAUUGCUCGCAUUAUUGAGUGGGCCGAGCCGUUCGUACGGUAUUGCGACCAGCGUCGCCCGACUGGAGAUCCUAUCCCACACCGUGAUGGCGUGCCCAUCGAUGAUCUCCACAACAUCCAAGGCCACAACUAUUACGAUAAGAUUGAGGAUGCAUUGGCCGAGAUCGAGGAAGACCGCAAACAACUUUCUCAUCAAGCACGCGAGCUACGGAUGGCCGGGAAACGACACGUCCUACGCGCCCGAUUAUACGUC